UACUCCAAGAAGGUCGAUAACCGCUUUGGGGGUUACGUGGGCUGCGCUCUGCUCGUCUUCUGCUUCAUCUGCUGUGUGCAGCUCAUCAUCUUCCCCCUCUCCCCACUGAUGAUCGGUGCCUACGUUGGAGCCUUCCUCCUCCUCUCCUCCAUCCUCUUCAUCUGCGCCGUGCAUUCGUGCAUCACCCUGUUCCCCCCCGUGCUGCAGCGUUUGUCCCGUGCCAUCGUCCGCUCCCGCACCCGCAGCACCGCCACCGCCGUCCUCGUCGUCGUCCUCGUCUUCAUCACCGCCUUUAUCAACAUGUUCUCCUGCAGUCGGGUGCCGCUGCGGGACUGCGCCGCCCGCGCCCUCAAUGUCAGCCCUGCCGCCGUGGGGCCCUGCGAGCUGCGCGCCCUCAACAUCUCACUGGGAGCCCCUCCAGGGCUGUGCCGCCCGCAGGGGGGGGACUGCGACUUCCCUGAGUACGCGACGCUCGGCGUGGUGCUCAGCCUGCUGGCGGCCGCCGCGUUCCUGCAGCUGAGCAGCGCCGGGAAGCUGCUGCUGGGGGCGGCGCUGGGGGGCGCCUACCUGGCGCUGGCCGAGGGGCCGCACGCCGCGCUCUUCGACAACGCGGAUCUGCUGCUGCUGGCGCACGCGCUACCCUCCUUCAACGGCACCCAGGGGGAAUGCCCGGUGGAGGGGAAGGUGGCUCUGCGUUACGUCACCCCCGUGGUGCUGGGGGUCUUCGCCCUGGCCCUGUACCUCCAUGCACAGCAGGUGGAGUCCACAGCGCGCCUCGACUUCCUCUGGAAGCUGCAG